AUGCUCGUUGCUUUCUUCAUGGACAAUAUCAAUUUGGUAUUUUCCGUCAUUCACGAACCCUCUUUUCGCAAGACCUAUCAGCAUUUCUGGGAUACGACGACGAGGAGAGAAGACACAGACUUGACCUGGCUGGCGCUGCUGUUCACAGUGCUUUCCUUGAGUGCGACGUACAUGCCAAAGGGCUUCAGUGCUACAGUCGGAUUUGAGGCAUCAACGAUUCAAAAGCUCGCUCACACAUGGCACUCUGCUUCUAGACAAGCUUUACAUGCUGGUUGUUUUGAGCACAAGUCACAACUGAACCAGCUAGCCGUCUUCAUCAACAGCCAGCUCUACUGGUACGCUGUGGCCGACAUCGAAACCCGCAAUGCCUGCUUUGCUCAGGCGGUGCAUAGCGCACAGAUGCUGCGGCUGGACCGGGAAGGUACCGGAGCAAAUCCUCUCGAGACUGAAAUGCGAAGACGGAUCUGGUGGGAACUCUGGAUUGCCGAUGCCGAUAGGUCUCUGAAUUAUGGACGUACGCCUCUGAUCCAAACUCGGCCUGAUCGCAUACUGUUGCCUUCAAACUGCAACGACAAUGAUAUCACAGAAAACUCAAUCACAAGCCAACCCGAGCAAAAAGCAACAGAAGCAAGUGCGGCUAUUGCCCGUGCCAAGUACUUCCGCAUCUUUCACCGUCUCUUCGACAAUGACAGAGAACACAUGCACUCUUGGGAGUACGUCAGUGCCCUGGACCGCGAGAUCCAAGCUCUGGAUGACGAACUGCCCUGGUUCUUUCGGCAGAGUGAGUGGGACAGUGGCAGGCCAUUCGUCGAUCACACUUCGGUCAUCCCACAAGCCCUGAUCUGGCAGCACUAUGUCAUCCAUAGCUCCGUGCGUAUCCAACGACUCCGCAUGAUGAGGCCGUUCCUUGCCACACAACCCGCCGCCUUGGAGGUUAGUGUCCAGGCCGCAGGUGAAGCUUUGGACAGCUAUAAGAGUCUUCGAUCACAUCCCAUACUGCGGUCCAAUCCCAAAUUCCAGAUCACCGCGCACCAGGCUUACAGCAGUGCGGUGCAACUCGCUGCUUUUCUACUAGUGGAACGAGUUGCUCCCGAUGGGCUGCGAGAAGAUAUCGAGAUGGUCAUCAACGAUUUGAAAGACAAUCCCCUGGACCUACCGAUGGCGGAUGCGGCACACAAGCUCUUAGGGCGAAUGCUCUGGAUCCAUGACCAGCGAACGGGUGGAGAGACUUCUGGGGUUGCCGACUCCAUUGCUCCUGAAAUCGGGCCUGUCUUUGGCGGUGAGAGCUCAGCGCGUGACUAUCUGCAAAGUCGCAGGAGCAGGCCUCCGAGAGACGAUGUCGCCGUAGCAGAUGAUGUGCUCAUUGGGGCGAAUAGUCUUUUUGACCUAUUCGACACGGAUUGGUCCACGGAUCAGUUCGGACUUGGUGACUGGAUAACCCUUUUCCACGAUACCGGCGGCAUCUCCACAAACGAAUAA